GAAGAAGAAGAAUCACUGCAAAAGUUAAACAAAUACUCUUCAACUGAGCCAUGGAGGAGCAGACGACACCUGUCCGACAGCAACAUGCAUUCAGUGUUGACAGGCUGCAAAGAUAUCUGUCUGUCAAUACACAGACAGUGUCAACCAGUGACACUCUCACUGUCAGACAGUACAGCGCUGGUCAGUCAAACCCAACCUUCCUAAUCCAAACACCCACAAACAGCUAUGUACUCAGGAAGAAACCCCCAGGUGAGCUGCUGCCAGGAGCUCACAAGGUGGACAGGGAGUAUCGGGUGCAGAAGGCCCUGUUCUCUGCUGGCUUCCCUGUACCUCAGCCUCUCUUGCACUGCACUGAUGCUAAAAUCAUUGGAACAGAGUUCUACUUAAUGGAGCAUGUGAGGGGUCGUAUAUUUAGGGAUCCUCGUCUUCCUGGAGUGAGUGCAGCCGAGAGAGCAGCGCUAUAUGUGGCUGCAGUGGAAGCGUUGGCAAAGCUACACUCACUGGAUCUGGCAUCACUGAACCUGGAAGGAUAUGGAAAAGGAUCAGGUUACUGCAAGAGACAAGUGUCCACCUGGAUGAAGCAGUACACCGCAGCAGCCCACAGAGGCAUUCCAGCCAUGAGUGAACUGUCUGACUGGCUAAUGAAUAACUUGCCAGCCAAUGAUAACGAGGUCACUCUUGUCCAUGGAGAUUUCCGAUUGGAAAACAUGAUAUUCCAUCCAAGAGAGGCACGUGUGAUGGCAGUAUUGGACUGGGAGCUGUCUACCACUGGACAGCCCUUGGCAGACCUGGCCUACUUCCUCAUCCCCUUCCACUGGCCUAUAAGCAUUGACAUCACCAGCAUAAUGGGCACUUUGAAAGGAAUAGAAGGUAUCCCAACUGCGGAAGACUUGAUCUCCAUUUACUGCCGGGUCCGGGGGAUACCUUCUGCUUUGCCACAGUUUAAUUUCUACCUGGCCCUGUCUGCAUUUAAAAUGGCAGGAAUUGCACAGGGGAUCUAUGCACGCCACCUACUGGGUAAUGCCAGUGCUCCCAAUGCAGCAGAGUACGGCCAGUGGGUGGAGCCCUGGGCUAAGCUUGCCUUGCAACUUGCACAGAGGUCUCACACAGGUCCAACAGGAGAAGUUUUGUUCCUGCAGACAGCUAAAGGUCAGGUUGUCCUCCAGCAGGUCAAAGACUUCAUGAGACAAUAUGUGCUUCCUGCUCAGGAGGAAGUUGCAGAGUACUACUCCAAACACACCCAGUCUCCACAGAGGUGGCACACUCCCCAGAUAGUAGAGGAUCUUAAGGUGAAGGCUAGGGAGGCAGGGCUGUGGAACCUUUUCCUGCCUGCAGUCAGCAGUCUGAGUCAGUUGGACUAUGCCUACAUUGCAGAGGAAACUGGACGCUGCCUCUUUGCCCCUGAAGUCUUCAAUUGCCAGGCUCCUGACACAGGAAACAUGGAGGUGCUCCACAUGUUUGGCAGUGAGGAGCAGAAGAGUAAAUGGCUGGAGCCUCUACUCAAAGGAGAGAUUCGCUCCUGCUUCUGUAUGACAGAGCCUGAUGUGGCCUCCAGUGAUGCAACCAACAUGGAGUGCACUCUUUCCAGGGAUGGAGACAAUUUCGUCAUAAACGGCAAGAAAUGGUGGAGCAGUGGUGCUGGCAAUCCCCAAUGCAAAGUGGCCAUUGUGAUGUGCAGGAGCAAUUCUCAAGAGGUUAAAACCAGACAUGAGCAACACAGUAUGGUCCUCGUCCCCAUGGACACACCGGGUGUAAAGCUCGUCAGGCCACUCACUGUGUUCGGACAGGAUGAUGCCAUCCAUGGUGGCCACUUUGAAGUGCACUUUGAAAACGUGCGAGUCCCUACCUGUAACAUUAUUUUGGGUGAAGGCAGGGGAUUUGAGAUUGCCCAGGGUCGUCUGGGGCCGGGCAGGCUGCACCACUGUAUGAGGGCUGUUGGUUUGGCAGAGUUGGCACUGGAGCUGCUCUGCCAGCGGGCCGCCUCCAGGCACACAUUUGGAAAGAAAUUGUACCAACAUGAAGUUGUUGCUCACUGGAUUGCAGAGUGCCGUCUCAUGAUCGAACAGACCCGCCUGCUGACUCUAGAUGCCGCUCAUGCCCUGGAUACACUGGGCAGCCGGGCUGCUCGCAAACAGAUCGCUAUGAUCAAGGUGGCAGCAGCCAGGAUGGCGUGUAAGGUGGUGGACUGUGCGAUACAGGUCUUUGGAGGUGCUGGUGUGUCUGGAGACUUCCCACUAGCACAGAUGUAUUCAUAUGUUCGAACGCUACGCAUUGCUGAUGGGCCAGAUGAGGUGCACCUCUCCUCCAUUGCUCAUCUGGAACUGAGGGAUCAACUAAAGAAGGCACAGGCCAAACUGUAAAGUAAUUGACAUCCUGUAACCAAAACAGCUUCACGAAAUUGCAAUGCUUUUCAAAUAUUAUUAUUAUUAAUUCUCACUAACGGGAAGGAUGCUUUCUGUGAAAUAAAUAAUUGAUUGUAUAUAUUUUACUGCAACUGACUUUAAUUUAAAACAUUGCAUUCAAAGUUUCUUAUGAUUAAUUCUCACCAACUCUUUAAUGGGAAGGAUGCUUUUUGUGAAAUAACUAAGUAAUACUUGAUUGUAUAUAUUUUACUGCAACUGAUUUUAAUAAAAAAAAAUUACAUUCAAA